AUGGCGAUGCAAUUAGACAUGGCCAAUGCGCAGGUCAUGAAGGAUGAGUCCGGUCGGCCCUUCAUCGUCGUGCGAGACCAAGGCAAGAGGAAGAGAACACACGGCAACGACGCCAUCAAGCAACAUAUCAUAGCGGCUCGCACAGUCGCAAACAUCGUACGCACAAGUCUAGGACCGAAAGGCCUCGACAAGAUUCUUAUCAGCCCCGAUGGAGACAUCACAGUGACGAAUGAUGGAGCUACAAUCCUCGGUCAGAUGGAAAUAUCAAAUCACGCGGCCAAACUGCUGGUCGAGCUCUCCCAGUCGCAGGAUAACGAAAUCGGUGAUGGUACUACGGGUGUGGUCGUGCUAGCAGCGUCAUUACUUGAACAGGCAGCCGAUCUCAUGGACAAGGGCAUCCAUCCCAUCCGAAUCGCCGACGGUUAUGAUCAGGCCUGCGAGGUUGCAGUGACGCACCUCGACACCAUCAGCGACAUACUCGAGUUCUCCCGCGAAGACCAGGAUAAUCUCCUCAAGGUGGCCAAGACGAGUUUGGGCAGCAAGAUUGUCAGCAAAGCACACGACCAGUUCUCGAAGAUCGCAGUUGAUGCCGUCAUGUCGGUUGCAGAUCUGGAGCGGAAAGAUGUUGAUUUCGAACUCAUCAAAGUUGACGGCAAGGCUGGUGGCUCGCUGGAGGACAGCUUGCUGGUGAAAGGUGUUAUUGUCGACAAGGACUUCUCACAUCCACAGAUGCCAGAUGAGGUCCGGGAUGCUCGACUUGCCAUCCUCACGUGUGCCUUCGAGCCUCCGAAGCCCAAGACUAAGCACAAGCUCGACAUCUCCUCGGUCGAGGAGUUCAAGAAGCUACAACAAUACGAGCGCAACAAAUUCACAGAAAUGAUCGAUCAGAUAAAAGACACCGGCGCCAACGUUGUCAUUUGCCAGUGGGGCUUCGACGACGAAGCGAAUCAUUUGCUUCUUCAGAACAAGCUGCCCGCUGUGAGAUGGGUUGGUGGCCCGGAGAUCGAACUCAUUGCCAUCGCCACCAACGGUCGAAUAGUGCCACGAUUCGAGGACCUCAGCGCGGACAAGCUAGGGCGGGCAGGUAUUGUACGCGAGAUGAGCUUCGGUACCACACGCGAGAAGAUGCUGGUCAUUGAAGAAUGUGCCAAUACGAGAGCGGUCACAGUGUUUGUUCGAGGCAGCAACAAGAUGAUCAUCGAUGAGGCAAAGAGGUCACUUCACGAUGCUUUGUGCGUGGUACGGAAUCUGGUUCGCGACAACCGCAUCGUUUACGGCGGAGGUGCGUCGGAGAUCUCAUGUUCGGUCGCGGUGGAAGAUGCUGCUGUGAAGAGCCCCGGUCUCGAGCAGUACGCCAUGCGAGCAUUUGCUGAUGCGCUCGACGCCGUCCCGAUGGCAUUGGCAGAGAAUUCUGGGCUGAGCCCGAUCGAAACUCUGGCAGCAUUGAAGUCGCGGCAGGUACGCGAGAAGAAUAGCCGACUGGGAGUGGAUUGUAUGCAGACAGGCUCCAACGACAUGAAGGACCACUUUGUCAUUGAGUCACUGAUAUCCAAGCGGUCGCAACUGUUAUUGGCGACGCAGCUGUGUCGCAUGCUGUUGAAGAUCAACAAUGUCAUCAUAGCAGGCGACGAUCAAGGUGAAUUCUGA